AUGUGGACAAGUAUCAUCACUUCGAUUUACCAAGCUGCCCGGACAGCCAAACCGAGACAACUUCUGCAAAUCCCCAGGCAAUAUGUUGUACUGGGACCGCCGCUGCGAACCUUCCACUUCGCACCACCCCUGCAAACAACCAAAAGCCAAAAGGAAGGAGAAUUGGAUCGAAACGUCCUUAAUCCUGAACGAUCUGAAGCUGUCAAAACAGGAACGGAUUCUGAAGUUGGCGCCGACAAAAACUCGUAUGAUCCUUCCAGGACGACACCCGACAGCGAGCUUCAGCAAUCUGCAGAGGCAAGCCGGAGGGACAGCAAACUUGGCGAUCCGCUAGAUGUUAGCGGAGCGAAUAAGGAGAUUAGUCGAACUUGGGAUCCGACGAAUGGAUCGGCGCGCGGUAUUCCCAAGGCUGAGCCGAGUAGGAAGGGGCUGUCGAAGAAGAAAGGCGUCAUUAAGACGGGUCCGAAGUAG